AAUCAUGGGCAAACUUUUGAUCUACGGCCUGGAGGCAAGUCCACCGACACGGGCCUGUCUGCUGACGCUGAAGGCGCUGGAGCUGCCCUACGAUCUGGUGCCCGUUAAUAUACCAGCCGGUGAGCAUUUGUUGCCCGAGUUCCGGCAGAAGAAUCCGCAGCACACGGUGCCGUUGCUGGAGGAUGACGAGGUAUGCAUCUGGGAUUCGCAUGCCAUCAUGGCCUACCUGGUGGGCAAGUAUGCGGCAAAUGAUGCACUGUAUCCGACGGAUAGCCGGCAGCGUGCGAUUGUCGAUCAGCGUCUGCACUUCGAUUCGGGUCUGAUGUUCACGGGCGCACUGCGUCCCAUCACGAGGAGCGUGCUCUUUCUGGGCGAAACGGCCAUUGAACAGUCCCGCAUCGAUGCGGUGGCUGAGAUCUAUGACCUGGUCGAGCUAUUUCUGGGCGAUAACGAUUUCGUGGCCGGCAACGAGCUGACCAUAGCCGACUUUAGCUUUGUCUCGUCGAUAAGCUGCCUGGCUGUCUACCUGGAGCUGGAUCCGGUGAAGUAUCCCAAGAUCUUGGCCUGGCUGGAGCGGCUCAAGGAGCUGCCCUACUACGAGGAGGCCAACGGCGUGGGCGCUGCACAGCUGGAGGCUAUGCUUAAGUCGAAAAACUUUACAAUUGUUGCUUAGUUUGGGGCUUGGCUCUCAGUAAAAUGCCCAUUUAAUGCACAUGUGUAUGUAUGUGUGUUGACAAAGAGCUAAUUACACAAAAUAAUAUUUAAAGAGCGCCCGACACUUGGGCUCUCUUCAGUUUAUGACGAAAUAUUUGUUUGGAACAGAAACCGCUGCAUCAUGGCGUGACAGCGCUUUUGGUAGUUGAAAAAAGAGCGAGCGAUCGCAGAGAGAGUUAUUUCAUGGACUGCGACAAACAUGAAGAGCGCAAUCAGUUAACUAUCUAUUCAACACACACACACAUUCACACACUCUUAGCUUUGCCGGCACUUGCAUAUAAAUGCGCGUGUACUCUGAGAGAAAGUACCAGAUCAGCAUAUCUGCAUUGAGCAAUAAAUACUUUCUAUUAAUUACCCGUUGGGCACAUUUUGAAACUAAGAGCACGUAGCUUAAGUAAAGCAAUAUAAAAGAAUACACUCACACACACAUACACACAGCUGAAUUGCU